AUGGUGUGGUCUCGCAACGAACGGCAGACACUCCUCCAACCCCCCACAUUCUAUUUAAACACUUCUACUACUCAGUCUCAGCCUCAGUUCUCCGUCGUUUCUCCUCAUCUCAUCCCCAUCUCAAUGUCCUCCCAAUUUCCACUCCUCCGUCUUCCUGGAGUGGUUCUGUCCGAAGUAUUCAAAUCGUUGAAUAUCGAAGAAAAAUUUAAACUCUCCCUCUGCUCCAAGAAAAUCUUCACACAAAUCAAUAAUGCCCAGUUUUACUCUCAAAAAGUUAUAGUCGGUCUGGACGUCUUAAACCAGAGCAUUGAAGUGUACUCUGAAAAUAUCAAAGAUGCAUUUGAAAUUUUCAAUUGUUCCUACACCGGAACAAUUAACAACCUUGAUAUCCAACAGUGUCAAAUUGAAGGGCGUGUUGUGCCUGUAAUCUCCUUCGCCAAAGGAAUCUCAAUAUUCUGGGAGAAUAAUCAAGAAGGAUUUCUAUCUGUUAUACGGUAUCUAUUGAAGAUGUUUCGAUGCAAGUUUUCGAUGUAUAAUAACUAUAAUAGUGAUUCAUAUAAAAACACGAUUUCCGAGUUGUUUAAUCUACAAGUGGAAUUCAAGAAGCUCACGAUUUACCUUAGAGGAUCCGAGGAUGAACACUUGUUCUGGAACCGAAUAUCCAAUAAAUUUGGAUUUGUUGAGGAUCUUAUAAUCUUAUGCCCUCAUGAUCCUGAUUUCAGACCAGUUUUCAGACCAGUUUUCACUUCAUGGCCACAGAAGAUUUAUAUCUUGAAUUCCGAUUGGUUCACUAUGAAUUCUCUUUUGAAGUGCCCUUGCACUACAAUUACACUUUGGAAUUCUACUCUGGGAAACAAGGAAUUGGAUCUGAUACUCAAGAAUUGGAAGACUGGAGGAUUCCCAAAUAUUGAGUUCAUGAAGAUCACAAGUCACAAUAUUUCAAAUAAUGGAACGACGAUUUUGGGAAUGAAUUUGAUGCAAUUAAACGGGAAGGUUAUCCAAACUGAUGAUGGAUCAAAAAAAGCAACUUUUAAGCCUGGCAACCAACGUAUUGAAAUCUCUGUAACUUUAUUUCAAUAA